GGCAGGCACUUCGUGUUCGUGGAAGAGCCACGUCUACGGCGACGGACCGACAGACGGCCGGAUACAGGCAGACGUUGUUUGCCAGUGAUCGCACGACCCAGUACCCACUGCCGUGAAGAUGUUGCGAAAGUGCCUGAUUCUUUUGCCGCUGCUGCUGCUCGGCGCCCUCGCCGACGAGAAGGAUGUCCUGGACCUCACCGACUCGACCUUCGACAGCGAGCUCGAGCGUCACGAGAACACGCUCGUCAUGUUUUACGCACCAUGGUGCGGGCAUUGUAAACGCUUGAAACCAGAAUACGCAAAAGCAGCCGAAUUGCUCAUAGACAGCGAGCCAUCGAUCACGCUCGCCAAGGUCGACUGUACAGAGGGUGGAAAGGAAACUUGCAACAAAUUCUCCGUCAACGGUUACCCGACGCUCAAGAUCUUUGAGCGCAACGAGUUCAGGUCCGAUUACAACGGUCCUAGAGAAGCAUCCGGCAUUGUUAAGUACAUGAAGUCCCAAGUGGGACCGGCAUCUAAGGAGCUAACUAGCGAGGAUGCCCACAAGACGUUCCUAGAAACCGACGAAGUCACCGUGAUAGGUUACUUCGAGAAGGAUGAUUCUCCGUUGUCCGCGGCAUAUCACACCGUUUCCAAGAAGCUCAGAGAGAAGGUCAGAUUCGGUCACACAUCGCAAAAGGAACUUUUGGAUAAAUUAUCUCACAAGAACACGAUUGUUCUUUACCGACCAAAGCUGCUCCAGAACAAAUUCGAAGAUAACAGCGUCGUGUACAAAGGCAGCGACUCCAUUAGCGACGUGAAUGAAUUUAUCACCAAGAACUACCACGGUAUCGCCGGUAUACGCACUCGCGACAACGCGCAGGAAUUCAAAAACCCUCUGGUGGUUGCCUACUACAGUGUUGAUUACGCGAAGAACCCCAAGGGUACGAACUACUGGCGCAACAGGAUCAUCAAGGUCGCCAAGGACUUCCCCGCGUACUUAUUCGCCGUAGCUUCUAAGGACGACUUCCAACACGAGCUGAACGAUUUCGGCAUCGAUUACGCGAAGGGCGACAAGCCAGUCGUCCUGGCGAGAGAUGCCCAGAAUAAGAAGUACGUUCUCAAGGAAGAGUUCUCCAUGGACACGUUCGAGACAUUCUUGAAGGAUCUGCAGGCCGGUGCGCUGGAGCCGUACCUCAAAUCCGAGCCGAUCCCGGACAGCAAUGCGGGUAACGUGAAGGUCGCGGUCGCCAAGAACUUCGACGAGGUGGUCAACGACAACGGCAAGGACACGCUGAUCGAGUUCUACGCGCCCUGGUGCGGCCACUGCAAGAAGCUGGCGCCGGUGUUCGACGAGUUGGGCGAGAAGCUGGCGGACGAGGACAUCGAGAUCGUCAAAUUCGACGCCACGGCGAACGACGUUCCGGCGCCGUACGAGGUGCACGGUUUCCCGACGCUCUUCUGGGCGCCCAAGGACGCCAAGGACAGCCCGGUCAAGUACGAGGGCGGCCGUGAGCUCGACGACUUCGUCAAGUACAUCGCCAAACACUCCACCGACGAGCUCAAGGGCUACGAUCGCAAGGGCAAGGCGGUCAAGCCUAGAACUGACGAGCUGUAAGACACUAACAGACGUAAACGUAUCACGAAAGUUCGUUUCUGCAUCUUUGAAUGCAGUCAAUGCGACGAAACGAUCCGGGAGUUUUU